GUGCGUCGCGGUGGGCGUAUCUAAAAACACGACGUGCCCCGCUCCCUCGCUGAAUAUUGAUGAGACGCCUGGUGCAGCGCGGUGGCGUCCGGCGCGGCGCGACAGGCGAUUGGAUAAGGCCGUGUGUGCGUGGUGACGCGCGUCGCGGCGGUGCGGGUCCCGAUUGCUGCAGCCGCUUGUCAGUGUGACGAAGAUUGGCACCCAGGUAAGCGCUGUCACUCAAACCUGCUCCUAGCCAGCCAGCCAGCCAUCCAUCACGGCGCGCCCGCCGCCGCUGUCGGCCGUCUUGGCUCCGCCGCGCAAACAGGCCCGGGGAUGUGGGGCAGAGUGGGGGGAGGCGAGCCCGCCAUACGGAAUAGCGGGGCGGGGGCAUCCGCACCGUAACCUACCCGGAGGGGGGGGGUUAGGGGCGUCGGCAGGCAGGCGCGAGGAAAGGGAGGGGAGGGGGGAGUGAGGAAAUUUCUGGAACAGCCGCCGACUGGCCGUUGGCUCUUGUAGGAGGCGGCGCGUGCGCGCGCGCGCUCACUCCGUGGAAGGGGAAGGUGUCGCGCGCCUCAGGGGGUGGAGUAGGUAUGGGGGGGAGGGAAAGGGCAACAGCUGUUUGUGGCGCGAGGCGGCGUGGAGGGCGGUAUUUAAAAGGGGGCCAUUUUCGGGGACAUUCCUGCGCUGUGGACUCGGAAGCGGCGGGGAGAGCCGGGGGGUGGGUGGGUUGUGGCAGCUGCUUGGUAGUCGCCCCGCGCGUCCGUUUGCUUCCUCGAGUGCGGUUCGGGCUCCCUCCCCGUGAGGGAAGAGCCUUUCUUCGUCGUUUCAAACAACCCUCCUUUUCCUCACCUCACAAACCGGGGCGGAGGGGGGCGGACGGGCGGGUACGCAGCGUUGUUAAGUGUUGGGGAAAUCCAUGGGAAUUGUCGUUAUGUGUAACCCGGUUGUUGCUAAUAAACGUGAGGCGUUUUGCCGCCUCCUGGUUUCUGAGCCUUCCUUUUCCCCCAGAUGUUUGCUUAGUAACCUGCCUUCAGUCCUAACGAAAGCCAGGAAUAUGUAUUUCACAUAAAAAAAUAGUGGUGGAGACGUAAAUGCACCCAUACACGAUAGAAAGGACUAAAACAACAGAUCAUCCACCUGUCCCCUGAGUAAAUGUUAGCAGUUUUUUACUUGGCUAUAUAUGGGAAAAGAUAUCUUUGGAACUGGCAUUGAAAGUGCAAGUGCCAACUUCUGACAGAACUGGGAAAGUAUGACAUUUUCCUUGAUGCAAGUACCACUUAAAAAAAAAAGUGUGUGUGAUCAUGUUCUCCAGGCUCAGCUUGAUUAUGAUGUUGGUAAACAUCAUGAGGUGCCAGUUCACUAUUCUUGCACUAGGUCAUUGCCUAUAAACCUGUUCAGGUUCCAGUGUUCAAAUGCAUUAAUCAAGAAACCAAGAAAUAAAAUGAUUUAAAUUUUAAAUGGUAACGGCUGUCUUUUAAAAACACAUUGAAGAAAAAAUUGCUUCAGAGCUUCUCUUGGGCAUCCCUUCAAUUCAAUUUUGAAAAACCAGGAGGAAGUGGUAUAUGUAACACAACAGUGCUGGGAUUUAAGAAAAGCACCAAAUUUUAAAGGAUAAGUGCUGGUUUGCAGGCACUCAAAUUCAGAGGCUAGGAGAAAUUUCCUCACCAAGCUGAUGAUCUGCAACUGACUGUUGCCCUUGUCUACAAUCUUACUAGUUUUGUGGUAUAAGUGGAAGUAUGCAUGUUUUGUGCUAAACCAACAUACAAGAGUUCUGUAUAUAAAUAAAUGUAUAUUCUGUGCCAAAAAAGGGCUGAUCUCUUGACAUGUAUAAAUCAAAUGUAACAGAUUUGCAUGGAUUUGUUAAUUUUGCAUAAUUUUCUUGGUCACUUGUGGGAGAGCAUGGUAGAUACAUUAAGAAAUUCAUUUGAAAUGCACUCCAGCAAUCUUGUUCAGCUGUUCCAUCAAUGUCAGCAAGAAUUGUCUAUAUACUUUCAAGCCUAUCUUUGCAAACCUAACAGAAAUGUCAUAUUUUUAAGGGAAACUAAGAUUCUCAGGAUAUUUACCGUAUUUUUUGCUCUAUAAGACUCACUUUUUCCCUCCUAAAAAGUAAGGGGAAAUGUGUGUGCGUCUUAUGGAGCGAAUGCAGGCUGUGCAGCUAUCCCAGAAGCCAGAACAGCAAGAGGGAUCGCUGCUUUCACUGCGCAGCGAUCCCUCUUGCUGUUCUGGCUUCUGAGAUUCAGAAUAUAUUUUUUCUUGUUUUCCUCCUCCAAAAACUAGGUGCGUCUUGUGGUCUGGUGCGUCUUAUAGAGCAAAAAAUACGGUAAUUCUGGACUUGUGAGUCGCAUUACAAAAAUAUGUACAGAGCCCUGACUAUAAGUUUAAUAAGUAAACAUUGACAUUUGGUCAUGGCUCACAUGAAUAAAGAGAAUAAAGUCAUUCUCAAGGACACUAGAUUCUGAAAGAUUGGUAUGCAAAACUAGCUCAGAUUUGCAUAUAAAUUGAGCCAUGUGAAAUACUUGCAAAAGAUGCUCCUGUACUGGGGAAUGAGACUGGUGUUGCUAUUGCCAGUAUGCACAUAACCUUGGGUAGCUGGGAGUGCUCUUAAUCAGUCGAGGCUGGUAUAGAACUGUGACCUUAUCUAGAGAGGUCAGAACUUGACUCACUGUCCAUGUUCUUGUUACCACCCAGUACAGAUUAUGUUAAUGAACUUUACAUGAGGCAGCAUUUGAAGAUGAUUUAGAAACUUCAGCAGUGCAAAAUAUGGCUACCCUGUUACUAGUUGGGACUAGGAGGUCAGAACAGUUUGCACCAAAUUUGUACCAAUUACCUUGGUCGCCAGUGUGUUAUCUUGUAAAAAAGCUUUAAAAAUGGGCUGGAUGUGGUAACUGUUGAGUGAAUUUGUAGCUGGUUGACGGAAUCCAAAGAGUGCUCACUAACGAUUCCUCUUCAGGAAAAAAAAGGGACAAGGGAGAGGCCACAGGGUUCUCCCUGGGUCCAUUGUUCAACAUCUUUAUAAAUGACUUGGAUGAAGGUGUUGAGGGGAUGCCCAUCAAAUUUGCAGAUGACACCAAACUGGGAGGUGUAGCCAAUACAGCUGAAUAUAGAAUCUGGAUUCAUGAUUACGUUAAUAGAUUGAAGAACUGGGCCCAAACUAAAAGAAUGAAUUUCAUUAGGGACAAAUGUAAGGUUCUACACUUAGGUAGAUCUCAGAUCAGAUGUGGCAACACGCUGAAUUUAAGCAUAUUGGAGGAAAAUAAAAUAAACGGGAUUCCCUCCAUAACGGUGAGUGAACACUUAGGUAGGAAGAACCAGCUGCACAAAUAUAAGAUGGAGGCCACCUGGAUUACCAGUAAUAUAUGUGAAAAGGCUCUAGGUUUACCAGUAAUAUAUGUGAAAAGGCUCAGUGGACCACAAACUUAACAAGAGUCAACAGUUUAAUGUAGUAGCAAAGAAAGCAAAUGCUGUUCUAGGCUGCAUCAACAGAAGGAUAGUGUCCAGAUCAAGGGAAGUAAUAGUUCUGACCACACCUGGAGUACUGUGUCAAGUUCUGGGCAGCACAAUUUAAGAAAAAUAUUUACAAGAUGGAAUGUGUGCAGAGAAGGGUAACCAACAUGAUAAAGGGUCUGGAAACCAAGCCUUAUGAGGAACAGUUGAGGGAAUUGGAUAUGUUUAGCCUGGUAAAGAGAAGAUUGAGAGGAAUCACAGAAUUGUAGACUUGGAGAUAUGAUAGCCAUCUUCAAUAAUAAUAAUAAUUUUGUACCCCACCCAUUCAACUGGGUUGCCCUAACUACUCUAGGUGGCUUCCAGCAUAAUAUACAGAAAGGGCUAUCACAUGGAAGAUGGAGCAAGCUUGUUUUCUCCUGCUCUGCAGGCUAGGACCUGAACUUAGGCAUUCAUGUUAUAAGAAAGGAUAUUCCAACUAAACAUCAGUUAUAACUUUCUGACAAAGCUAUUCGACAGUGGAAUAGACUCUCACAAGAGGUGGUGGACUCUUCUUCCUUGGAGGUUUUCAAGCAUCUUUCACGUGUGAUCUAGUUGAGAUUCCUGCAUUGCAAGGAGUUGGAUUAGAUGGCCCUCGGAGUCCCUUCCAACUCUGUUAUUCUUUGAUUCUAUGAACCAUGCUAGCCUGCCCACACAAGGAAAUCCAAAUUAAAGGUCCUACUCAGAUACUCACCGCUAAAAACCAACCAGGCUGAUAAAAGUCUAAGAAGGCAGACUCUCCCUUAUGUCAUUUAAACAGGUCUUGAAGACAUUUUUUCUGUGUCUUUUAAUGACACAAAGUGGGUUAUAAAUGCAGUUUUAACACAGGUCUCACUGAGCUUUAUUGUUUUAUCACUGUUUGAGUUUUUUUUUUAGUAUUUAAAAUUUGCUAUUUUAAAUAGUGUAUAUGCUGUAUUUCAAGUUUGUAUUUUAAGAUGUGAGCUCCUCUGUGGAGCGUUUUCAAAAUGUGGAUUAUAAAUCCUUUGAGUGAAUAAAUAUGCUGUUGACUUUCCACUGUAUUGGUCUAUCCCAGGCCAGAAGUAGUGCCGUGUUGCUUCUUCCAUCCUUAGGCUACUAGUGCAAUAGCCCAGUGGAAAUACUGCUUGUUUGCUUGCUGCAUGGAAAACAUUUCUUAAUUUUAGUGUGCAACUGUGCAUAAUUGUACCUUUAAGUUCUGAUGAAUUCAGACUUGCAAGAUUAGGUCUUAGAAAGAAGUAAUUUUAAUUUGGGUUGCUACUGUUUUGUUCAGCAAGCAUAUGUAGAUGGCUAAGCUGAAUGCCAAUUAUGAUAUCUGAAAUGAUUCAGCAAUAAUGUGUGCACAGCUUGGUUCCCAUAUCUAAAUUUCUACACUCUGCUAUUAUUGAUCUCUUCAUUCAAGAUUUGUGGUCAGAUUGCAGGUGCCCAAGCCACUGUGUCACUCACAGGAGAGACGCGUGGCUCAGGUACGCUGCAGGCCCCAUGGUAAGUGCUGCCCCCGCUGUGGCGCCCAGUACUCCCCUAGCUACGUGUCUGAAUAGUGAAAGGAGAGUACAUACACAUCCAACAUCACCAAAAAGCUCACAUUUGGGGAGCAGUUCUAAUAAUUUGUGUUACUGUAAGGCUGUCAUUGUGCAGGCCCAUUUGGAGGAUUAGUAGUACUGCAUUACAAUCCUGGAUUUGCAUGCAGAAUGAGGUGGAGAGCAAAAAAAGAAGGAGGUUUGCACAAUAGCAGUCACCAUGACAGAAAGGGGUGAAGGUGAAAAUGGAGGUGCAAUGGGGGUUGUAAAAAAAAAGGAGGGAGUGAGAGGUAUGGUAAAGCUGCUGAAGAUUAAAGCAGGGGCAUGAAAGGGUUUGCAGAAUAGAAGGGGGUGGUAGCUUCAUGAUGGGAUGCAAGGAGGUUACUAUGGCGGUGGUUUGUGUGCAAGAGGGUGCACAAAGGCAGUGGGGAGAUGAAGGUGAAAAUGGAUGCAAAAGGGAACCUCAGGAGUGAAGGGGAAAGUGGCUUCAGAAAUGGGUUUGGGAAGGUGGAAAGUGAUCAUAGUAAUUGCAUGGGGUAGGAAGGGGAUGCUCUAAGGGCAAGUGGACUGAGCAGGGGUGCAACCCCUAGUGAAAUACAAAGUGGCAAAAUGCUUAACAGUUUUUCUAAAGUGCAUUUUGCAGGUCAUAUAUGCUAGAGACAACCGCACUGAAAAGUCAAACCUAUUAUAAGAUAAGUCUCCUAGGAUAAUGUUAAGGGGCAAAAUGCUUAGUAGUAAGGAGUUGCUCAAGUUCCUAAUUUAGUGUUUGAAUACCUUAGUAUUGUGUUGUUUUGUGCAAUUAGCUUUUGACUGUGGAAAUCAUUUUGGUGUGAACAUGUCUUUUUGCUAUCAAGGUAAGAGACUCAUCAGAAAAGAACUCCAAGUGAACAGAAAAUUAGGAAAAAAUAUAAUUAUGGAACCAAUAUAAUUAUGUAUCAGUUGAGACUUCAGUUGUAAAUUGUAAAUUGAGACUUCAGUUGAGACUUGUAGUAAAUUGUGAUUGAAGUACCAUAACUCCUAUAGAGUAAAUAUGAAAUCAGUUACCCAUUCCUUGCUGGCAAAUUAAAAAACAGCUCAUUAGCUGAGGAAAUUCCUCACCCUAGAACCAGCCCAGGGGUUUUAAUCUCUUAUGGUCAGUGCUUUUUUUCCUAAAAAAAUGUUUAGGGGUACUCUCAUUUUCCUACUCAUUGAAAUACUGCCUCUCAAUGAGGCCAAACUUAGAUUCACAAAAUGUUUAGGGGUAUGUGUACCCCCGCGGCCCCCCAUAAAAAAGCACUGCUUAUGGUAGCCAGCAACUUUUUGUUUGUUUGUUUUUUAAUAAUAUUUAUUGAUAAUUUCAAGAUUACAAGAAAAAUAAAAAAUAACAGACAACACUACAAUAUAAAACAGAAAAAAGAAAAAGAAGACAAUGAAAAAGAUAAAAGCACAAAAAGUAAAAAAGAGAAAAAAACACAAAUCCCAAAUUGUGUAUCCAUUAUUUCCAUUUGCUUGUUUCAUUGACCUCCUUACACCUCCGUUUUUGUAUUCUAAUUUAAUAAUUUUUUCAGCAAAUUCUUUCCAUCUUUCUCAAUUUUUGUUAUAAAAUUUAUCUUAACAAUUUAACCUAAUAAUUAACAAAUCCUUACCAUCUUUCCCCAUAUUCUAUUAUUCAGAUUACCUUAAUUUAUUUAACCUUAUCUUACCCCUAAGUGCCUUAAAAUUUAAAUCUUAAAUUUCAAAUAUUCAUAACUCCUAAUAUCAUUUCUGCUAGAGUCGUAUAGUUUCAUUCCCACAUUUUCCCUAAUAUUCAUUAGCUAAUUCUAAAAUAAAAAAAGUUUCCAUUAUAAAUUCUCUUCCAAGCAUCAUCCAGCGUCUCUUCUUCCUGGUCUCGGGUCAUGUCAGUCCUUAUUGUCCUUAUUGUCCAUUCCGUCUAGUCCAUCAACCUGGAAGCCUUAUGUCCGAGGCCCUUAAAUCUCUUCCAUGUCCCUUCUGCAAUUCUUCUUCAUCUUGUUUGUGCUUGCCCUUUUCCUUGUCUCUUAUUGGUCUCUGUCUUAGUUUCUUUCCUUUCUCAUUGAGGAGUAGGUCUCUGGGGUUUCCAGCCGAAAAUUAUCUCCAUCGCCCUUCAUCCAGCUCACCCAUUCCCCACAGUCCCACUCCCCACAGUCCUCGAUGUAAUCCAAAAUGAAUUUAAAAUCAAAUUUCAGAGUCUCUCCAAAACUAGAAGUCUCCUCAUCUCCAAACUCCCCUUGGCCCACUCCAGCUUCAAUCUUCAAUGACAGUGACUUAUGCUCCUGUAGGACCUCGGGUCUCUCCAUUUGUACUAUUUGAGGUGCAGCCACAUCCUCCUCCGUUGUCAACUGCGCUUGCCCAAUCGGUACGGAUUGAUAGGUUGGUUCUUGAAUAUUUCUGUAUCAAUGUUAUUAACCACAACAGUCAAUUCCAAUUUCUCAUUCAUCAAAUCCAUCUUUACAUGCAUCUGUUCCAGCAGAGUAUUUGUCUUGCAUAGAGCAAGCAGCCAGUCUUUCUCCCAGCUCAUCUUUAUUCAAGGUCGAAAAAAGUCUGUUCCCACAGUCUUAAUCUCACAGAUGUUGGGUCUCAAAUAUGCUGCAACAACAAUUUAGCAAGCUCCCUCUAGAGGAGACAAUCCACUUGUAGCCUUUUUCUUUUUUUUUAAAGACAAAGGAAAGUUACUUUCACUUUUCAGAUAUUUCAGACAUUUUUCAGAUAUUUUGUUUCUUUAAGAUGCAAAAGGCAACAUUAGAAUUAACUUGUUUCUCUUCACUGGCUAUCUGUCAAAGUGUUGCGUUCACCGUCAAUGAACCUCAGCAACAGUUUCUGUCUCUGACACCCCGUUCCCAGGUUAGAGAUGAUGGAAACUUAUCCUUCUUCACUCCCUCUCCUGCUAGAGUUAAACAGAGUCCCCCCCCCUUUUCUCCUGCUUCCAAGGGGGGUUUCAGUGGUUCUAAAUGAAGGAAAUUUAGUCCUUUUUUUGACAGCUUCCCGGCUUUAGCUUGCAAAGUUUUUGCUUUAGUCUAUAUACAAAGAAACGGAAGGCGGACUUCCUGUUUACACCUUCCCGCUUCGUUACCAAAUUAAAACAAUUUCUUGAUCCAAUUUUCCGUUUCUACUCACGGGUACUUGUUUUAAGUCCAAUUGUCCACAGGAAAAAGUCAGCGCUCUCUGGCAAUGGCUGUGUGGCUUCACUCCGUGAAAAUAGCAGUCAGUUCGUAGCACCGCGCUUCUCACCCCACUUCGCUCCGGAGCCCCCAAAUGGGCUUCCCCGCGAGUAGGGGGGCGCUUCUGGUGCCCUGCCGAACCCCACGUUCCCAGGUUUCCUCCGCCUGGGAUUUCUAGCGGGUCCCCACCUUCGCCGCGGCGGGAAGACCCAGUUUUCAUGGAGCCCGUUCCUCCGGUCGGAGGAACUCCGCCAUUCACCAAUGGCGCUGACCCGGAAGUCCCAACUUUUUGAAAUUACCAUUUGAAACUGUACACUAAGGAUUGCAAGAUUUCUUCCAAAGUUGUCCCCAGGGUAGACUGCCAAAAAUAGAGGAGCUACUAACAAAAUAGAUUGCAGUUCCUUUGGGAAUCUCUUCUCUCAUGAUCUCAUGAUCUUACGUGUCUCCAUUACAUUCUCUAAUCCAGUAUGAGGUAGUAAAUGAAAGGCUACUUCCUUAGAACUUAGGCAUGUAUAUAUAUUUUUAAACAGAGCCCUAUCUGUCCCAAAAUUGAUUUGUUUGAAGUACAUUUCCACAACAAAACUUAAAACUGGGGCAUUUGCUUCACGUAUCUUUCUGGUUAAUGAGCUAACAGCAUGAAUAAGAUAUGUGUAAAACCAGUAGACACAGUAGUUCUGAUGGCUACUUUCUAUCUCUAAAGUUUGAGAACUUUCAGGACCAUGCUUAGUCAACAGGUUGAGAAACAAGCUCAUGAGAGCCACAGAUUAUGUUUUGCACAUUGAUGGGUACAGAUGAAAGCAGCCUGAUAGCAAUGGUGCUAGACAAUGAAGCUUCCUGGUGUUUGAAAAGCUUGAGAGCCUCUGUUGCAAGAGCUGUUUGUUGUUGACAACCUGUAUUUUAUGUAGAUUGUUUCCAUAUGACUUUCUUGUGGCUCUUUGUGGCUCCAAAUUUGACAACAUUCUGCUUGUUGCCCACUCCUAUCCCCAUUGAAUGUGUGUGUGUAGGGUGGGGAGUGAGUUUUCAAAGGAAUGAUAAGUUUUUGCUUGCUUUCUAUGCUAUUUUGCUUGCCUAGGGAAGAAAAAUGGAGGCUUCUCUGCUUGUUGCUGAAAAUGCAUAUGAAAAUAAGCAAAGGAAGAUAAACCUGACCAUCAGAAAUUCUUCAGGUGAAACUUCUCCCAGCAUAGUUGCAGUUAGAAAUUUGGGAACAAAUUAUGCUCUUCUAAUGUAAAAAAUCUCCAUGUUGCGUCUCCUGCAUGUUUUCUGCAGUAUCUGAUGCAUCAUGUGAGUGAUCUUUGCAUUUUUAGUGCACAGAUUAUAUAUCUUAAUGUAUAUCCUCAAGGGCUGUGUAUGCCUGCAUCUGUGUGCUGAUUCACACAUUUAAACUGGCUGCUUAUUUCAUCCAUAGGGACUCUGUGAAUCAGGUUGUACACCAAGCUUUACAACGUACACAGAUAUAAUAUGUAGCAGGAGAAAAAGUGUCCCUGUAGUAGGAGAAACGACUGAUGCCAGGCUGUAUUUUUGUGCAGCCCAGUUUACACAGGUUGUGCUGCAUCAACUUUUCCAAACCUGUUCCUGCAAUAUGCUUUAGACCAGGCAUCCCCAAACUUGGCCCUCCAGCUGUUUUGGGACUACAAUUCCCAUCAUCCACGACCACUGGUCCUGUUGGCUAGGGAUGAUGGGAGUUGCAGUCCCAAAACAGCUGGAGGCCGAGUUUGGGGAUGCCUGCUUUAGACUAUAAGACCCAUCCAACAUCCCCUCACCACUGGUCAUGAUGGCUGGGACUCAUAGCAGUUGUACUCCAAAACAUUGUAGGGCAUCACAUUAGGGAAAAUUGCUUGACAUGGGUAUGAAAGAAAAGAAGCAGCUCACUGUACCAAAUUCCUAAUGGGGCCUAGUAAUAUCAUCCACAAUGAUGAUGUGGAGGAGUCUGCCCCUUUUGGGAUUUCUGGCUUGCUGGACUCAAUGCUCCCUUUGGCAUACAAAGAGACACCACCUCUGUGUAGCAUAUACACAUGAGGAAAACUAUAUGUGUUCUAUGUGAGAAAUGCCAGGAGUUUUAUAGUUGCUAUUCCUUGUUGCAGCCACCGAAAAAUAUAUGUGUCCUAUGUGAGAGAUUCCCUUUGUUUUUAAAAUUAUAAUUGUUCCUUAGUGCUGCUACUAGAUGAUUUUCAACUUUCUUUAUAACCUCCAAAUGUAAAAAGAGAUCUAACUUCAGGGUAUGUGCCAUCUGGUCUUGUGACUGAGACCAGUAUCAAAUAUUCUUUAAGAGGGAAUAUUUUGAAAAACAAGAAUUUUCACAGUGGGUUUGCAUUGUUCAUUGUCCUGCAUUCUUUUGUCGUACAUCCCUUUUGACAUUUUUAUUUUUGCUAGUGAAACCACUAUAUGAUAUUCAUAUAUAAAAGUUUGAUCAUUUAUUUUGUGCCACUAACGUGUGAUUUUAGUUGCACAUUUGUUGUGCAACUCUUCAUUGCAAUAAAGAGCAAGAUCAAGUGGCUAACCAUAUUGCAUUUAUCACUUUUUCUGGCAAAUAUGAUUUAAUAGUUACAUUGACUGCUUUUGUCAAAAAGGGUUUGAGAACAUUCCUGAGAUCUUCUAGGUUGGUGUAGCAAAUACAUGUGAUUGCAUUCUCAAUCCCUUCUGCCCCUAUUCUGCUGCUGAACAUGCAGAUGUCAGUUAUGUAAUUUGUAUUCGAUAACAUCCAGUGAAAAUACUAACCUUUUUGGAUUUCCCCCCUAAGGUAUGAUGAUUUGACUUUAUAAGAACCCUAAGUAACCAUGAUGGCAACGCAGACAUUAAGUAUAGACAACUAUCAAGAUGGGCAACAAGUAAGAACAUUUUUAAAUAAAAAAAUGAAAAAUAUGAACUGCACCAUAGUAGGUAAAAAUAAUAUGUUAAAUAAUUAUGGUGUCCAAGACGUGAAACUACUUCCGUCCGAUCUAUAUUACUUUUCCUCUGCUGUUAUUUUGAUAUGGUACCUAAGUCACACCACUGGCUUGCCCUUUGCCCAUUUUCUAGUGCUCUUAAGCUGCUUUCUAGAAAGGUAGGAAACAACGGAAUUUCCAGAAGCAAAAAUUAUUUAGGAUUGAUUCCUUGAUAUUAUUAGUUUUAUUAUGAUUACAUUUAUCAGUCGCUUUAUACGAUAAAAAUUCUCAAAGUGACUUGCCAAGGUAAAAUACAUGAAAGCAAUUCAAAACCAGAAAAAAUAUAAAACUAUGAACAAUACAAAGCAUACAUAAAUUGCUUAUCUAGCAUUAUAUUAAUAAGGACAAGUCCUGCCUACCCCACUCAAAACCCCACUCAAAGCUAAGCAUCACCAUAGGAGGUAACAUUAAUUAACCAAAGACCUGGAUAAAGAAAAAGGACUUAGCAUGGUGCCUAAAGAUUAACGAGAAGACUCUAGGCAUCUGUUCCUGGGGAGAGCAUACCACAGAGCGUGCCAGAAUAGGCCCAGCACAGCCUAUUAUGACUGAGACAACUCUCCAGGGUGUCGGACAAAGAUAGCUCCCAUCACUUGUUACCUGAUGCUUUUAACCGGCAGUGCUGGGAUCUUCUGCAUGCAGUGCAUGUGUUCAGCCACUGAGCUUCUGCUCUAAACUUGCUGAACCAGGUUUUAUUUUGUUUUGUCAUUUAGCCCCUCUCUCUCGCACACAUGUACACAAACAAUUAUUUUGUGAAAUAUUGCCUAAACGUUGCUAUUGAACUUGUUUAGCUGCUUGGGUUGUCAACCAUAUAAUGUUGUACUUAUCUAUGUGGUAUUUUGACUGUUAGCAGUUAUUUUGUUGAAUAAGUAAGGGGUGGGGGUGGGGAGAAGCGUCUAGGCACCUGAUGAGGUUAUGUUGUCUUUUUUUACUUGCUUAGUUGUAUCAGUUGACUUUAGGGAAAAUAUCACAGCAUGUGGCCAUAAACAAAUUUCUAGGUGAUCCUAGAGUGGCUUUUUUUCCGUAUACAGUACUUCUGAUUUUACAGCGGAACUGACUAUUGUACUAUCCCCUGAAAUUUGUAAACUAAUUACAAUGCAAUCAUAUAUAUUAUAUAUGUUCAGUUGUAAGUCCUGUAGGAGUGCAUAGAAUUCCAUCCUUAGUUUACUUUUGAUUUUAUUAAUAAUAAUAAUAAUAAUAAUAAUAGUAAUAAUUUAUUAUUUGUACCCCGCCCAUCUGGCUGGGUUUCCCCAGUCACUCUGGGCGGCUUCCACAGAAACAAAAAAUACACUAAAAUCACACAUUAAAAACUUCCCUGAACAGGACUGCCUUAAGAUGUCUUCUGAAUGUCAGGUAAUUGUUGAUCGCUUUGACAUCUGAUGGGAAGGGGUUCCACAGGGUGGGCGCCACUACCGAGAAGGCCCUCUGCCUGGUUCCCUGUAGCUUUGCUUCUCUCAGUGAGGGAACCGCCAGACGGCCCUCAGCGCUGGACCUCAGUGUACGGGCAGAACGAUGGGGGUGGAGACGCUCCUUCAGGUAUACCUGGGCUUCAGGUAUAUGCCUGGGUUUGUUCAGCAACUCCAGAAAAAGCACCCAAAUUGCUCCUUCUUGCAUUCGUUUGGCAUUGCUCUUAAUGGUUUCAUGACUUACUUAGCUAUCUCUUAAUUUUUCAAAUCAUUCAGCUUGUUACAAGAUGGGUAAUAGCGUUUGAACGUAAUGUUCACUUUGUGCAAAUUGUGUAGCAGUAGUCCUUUAACCUAUCCAGGUCUUCCACAGCAGUACGAGGGCAUGGUGCAGAGCUGCAGGUAGGAGUUACUAGUAUUUCCCCAGAUUUCACGGACAGAAGAAAAUAUUGUGACCAUAGUUCUACAGUUAGAUUGUUUUAUUGCCCUUACUGACUAGUCUAAUUCAUAAUAAACUGCAACUUCCUAUCAAAAAGUAGAUAUAUUGGAUCUUUCUCGUAUUUUUUUCACAAACUCUUUAACGUAUAUACAAAAGUCCUUAUUUAUAUUCAGUACAGAACAAACAGUGAAACAUUUCAUAUUUAAUAUUGAAACACCUAAAAAUCAAGCUAUAUGUUUUUCAUAAAAUAAUUGUGAAAUGGUCCCUCCUUUGCAAUAUCUCUGAAGAAUUAUAUGCACUCCAGUGCCUAAAAUAAAGCCUGAAAUCUUAAACAUUCUUAAUUAGAAAUGAGCUCUAUUGAGUUUUCAAGUAAAUGUGUAGCAUACAGAAUUAUUUCUAAUGAUAAUUUCUGUUUGCAAAUGACAUUUUGCCUAUUGCGGAUGUUUUCAAGGUCUGCUUUCUUAAAGUGAUUUUUGUUGAAGCAGUGUAUGUGUAGCUUUAUCCAAAAAUAGCUGGCUUAUGAAACGCAGGAUUCUGUAACAGACAAUUGACUAAAAGAAACCUACUAAUGGGAGUCAAACUUGUAGUGACCUUUCCACUAUCUUCCUGCCUCCAAAUGUUGCAAGGAUUAAAUGAGUUGUUUGUUAAAUGCUUGUUCUUUUUGUGUGGUUGCCAAGUCAUACCAACCUUCUGGCAACUUACUAGGCCUUUGGCUUUCUCUUUGCUUAGAAAAUGAACCAUUUAGUUGUGAAUCUAUGCUGUUGGUAAUAUAAAGCAUCUUUCUUUUCCAGCAGAUGCAAGUAGUAACAGAAUUAAAAACUGAGCAGGAUCCAAACUGCUUGGAAGCAGAUGCAGGAGGAUUGAGUCCUUCCCCGGUAGAGUCCCAGACUCCGAUGGAUGCAGAUAAGCAGGCUAUUUACAGGUAGCAGUAUUCACAAGAUGAGCUGUUUCUAGUAGUAAAAUGUAUCAUUCUCUUUAGUAGGUCAUGGGGUGGUUCUCAAAUCAUGGGGUGAUGCUUGUGUGGGCAGGAGACAUGGAACAUGUGGAAGGGGACACACACUGUUCUAGACAUGAUAAGAUCUUGAGGCUGAUGCAUCUUUCCCCCCUCACCAGCCAAGCCGUGGGUGGGAUUAGAGUUCUCUAGAAUAUCCUCAUUGGAUUUGUAGGGGCAACUGCUCCCCCAUUCAUUGACUUGGGAAAAGGUGCUACUUUGUACUAAUGCUGUUUUCCUAUUUGUGGUUUUAGGAGGUGUCAAAUAUAACUUGUUCAGUUUUCCCUUCCUAAUUCCAGCAUUGAAUUAGUGCCUAGACCAAAGUUUGUUGCACAUAUCAGUGCAGCUGGGGAGGUUGGUGAUAGGUUGGGGUACUCAGAAAGUAGAAUAAGUUUAGAAGAGGAGGCCUAAGCUUAAAUCAGCCAACGUAUUGUAACUUGUCAAGAAGUUCAUACAUUUGGGGUUUUCUAAUUACUGUGAGAUGGUUAAUACAUAUUUUCAUGCUUAAGACUGAAAUCUAUACAUUUACAAGAGACUAAGCCCUACUGAAGACAGAAGGCUUGUGCAGUAAGUUCUACUACCUUCUGUUGGCGUUAAACAUACUUAAGUGUUCAGGAUUGUGAGCCGCGUCUCAGGGCAAAGCUUUUUAUUGUCUUUGUAUUUAGUUAUAUAUAUUUGUCUAAACUUGCUUUCUGUUAGAGCUACAUCCUUACAAUCUAAGAAAAUAAAGUAUGGCAUCCCUACUAGAUUAUGUUUUUAAAAAAACAUACAAUUGUAUUAAAUUUCAGGCUUUUUAGGGUCUUUAUUUGAACAAAGCUUAAUAAAAACGUAAGUGAGACCCAAUAGUUCAAGCUACCCAUCAGUAUCAUUUACGUCAAACUGUGGGAUGACAUUGAUAUUUAAAUGAUUCCAAAGUUAGCAGUAUUUGAUCCAUGCUAAAAAGAAGAGCAAAUAAGGGAGAUCACAGUAUAUUCAGUUCCGAUCCUAGCAUAGUAAUUGCUAAUGUAACUUUAUUACAUUAAAUGUAAUACUAAUGUAAUAAUCUAAAAUAAUAGGAUUGUAUGUAUGCAAUGUCCAGAUCGCUCAGAAUUUUUUAUCAAACUGACUUGCACAUAGACAUUUCAAGAGACCUACAAUUUGCUUGUCUUUUUAUUCCUAGACAUCCACUGUUCCCCUUAUUAGCACUAUUAUUUGAAAAAUGUGAACAAUCCACACAAGGCUCAGAAGGCACAACGUCUGCAAGUUUUGAUGUAGAUAUUGAAAACUUUGUUAGGAAGCAGGAGAAGGAAGGAAAACCAUUUUUUUGUGAAGAUCCAGAAACAGAUAAUCUAGUAAGUAAAAACAUUUUAGAGAAGAUUUCAAUUUAUUUGUAAAAUCUUUAUAUUUGAAAAAAGUAAAUUGAUAGUGAGAAAACUGAAUUGUGAAAUGUCAACUAAAAGAAGUUGAAAUUUACAGCCCUUGGUAGCAGCAGACAUUCCCUGUCAGUAUUACUAACAAAAGCUCCUCCAUCACAUAGCGAAUUAUCAACUUGGCUAGCUUCUUUUUUUAGAUAGUUGUUUGUUUGUAGUAAAUCUGUCUGCUUCAUGAGACUCUUUUGACAUAUCAACAUGUUUUCCAGUGAGUCAGAUGUUCUUAUUUGUAGGGUUUUGGUUGUUUGCAUUUAAUUUGCUGUCUUCCUCCACUACUUCCUCAAUUCCUUCCAUUCCCCUCCUCUCUCCCCACCCACCCAGCUGGGAUUUGUGGUUUACAUCUCAACAAACCAUUUGAUUUAAUAUGGUUGCUUGAAAGAACCCUGAUUGGCUCUUUACUGUGCAUGUAGUUCCUUAAGUGGAAACUUCAUGAUAUUUUGUGCCUGCUGAUUCUGGCAAUUGAGGUGCUGCCUGAAUAUUGAGCUUAUAUCCAGAGGCCCUUCUCCUGGUGCCACUGCCUUCUGAUAUGGGGCAGGUAGUGACCAGGUGAAGAACCCAUUCAGAGAUGCAGUCUGCUUAUUGAACUCUCUCCUUUGUGUGAACAUCCAUUUGUGGAAUAUGGCUUCUACCAGGGGCGUAAGAAGUGGGGGUGCGAACCACCCUGGGUGUCAUCCCUGAGGGGGUGAUAAAAUGGCACACCACAGGGGGGCGGCACUUACCGCGGGGCCUGGUCUGCAGCGCGCCCAGGCCACGCGUCUCUCCUGGGAGUGACGUGGUGGCUCGAGGCUGCACGCUGCCUAAAAUGGCAGCGUGGGGCUUGCGCCCGCCAGGUGGACUCCGUGGGCAGCUCGCUGUGCCUCCCCCCGGGCAGAUCGCCGCCCUGCCCCCUGGGUGGAUCGCCCCGCUCCUGCUGCUCCGAGUGCCGGAGCAGCUAGCUACGCCCCUGGCUUCUAGUUUCCUCUAUCCUUCCACACAGCCUCAAAAUCUGCUCAAGAUUCUUGGGGCACGUGGGCAGCUGCAGUGGAUAAAGAUGAGAAACCAGAAGUGCUGUUGUGCAAGUGGAUUUUCAUUGUGCUCUUUGUGAUUCCUUUUUACUCAGAGCUUUUAUGCCUUUUCUGCUUUUAAUGUUGAUUACUCCUGAUUCUUUUCCACUUUUUUUCUGCCACUGAUUGUAGAUUGCAUCAUCUUGUAAUUUUAUGUUUUAAUUAUUGUAUUUUUCUUCUGUAAGUGUAAGCCACUCUGAGGCUGCAUUUUCUUAACAAGUAUAAUAAAUUGAGUGGUUGGCUUUGUGCCAAAUGCACAUCUGAUUGUACUUGAGUUGACACUUGAAGAUAAUGCAUAUUGCUAUUUCUGAUCAGCUCAACUACUUAUCAUAAGGAAGUUGGGUAUGUGAAAAUCUCUGCAUGUUGUUCAUUGGAAACUUGUAUAAGAAGAAAAAUGGAAAAGGUGGGCUAAAUAGGAGGGCUGCAUCAUACAUGAUAAUCUGCACAAAUCAGAUCUGUGUAGAAAAAUGCAUUUAUAUAGCCUAUACAUGCUGUGGGCAGUCCCCAGUUUUGUGCAAGCAGUUAACAGUGUACAGUACACAGUUUCCCACAUUGAGACAAUAUAUGGGUAGGAGAAAGCAACAAUAAUUAUAAACAGCCCUGUUGAAAAUAAGCAAAAAAGUAGCUCAAACAUAUAUUGAACAACUUCGCACACUGUAAAUGACAUAUGCAAAUGUUUGUUUUCAUUGGUUUUUUACUUGUCUCUGAAUUCUUUCUCUUUUCCCUCUUUUAGAUGGUAAAGGCAAUUCAGGUUUUACGAAUUCAUCUACUUGAGCUAGAAAAAGUUAAUGAGCUCUGUAAGGAUUUCUGUAGUCGCUAUAUUGCCUGUCUGAAAACGAAAAUGAACAGUGAAACUCUGCUAAGUGGAGAAUCUGGGAGUCCUUAUUCACCUGUACAACCCCAGGUACCUUUCAUGCUAACUGAAAUAUAUUUUCUUUAUUUGAUUUAUAAUCUACAUUAUCCCAAAGACUCAGGAUAGGUAAGAUUAGUUUUUAAAACAAACAAAGAAAGAGCAGAUAAAAUAUAAAUUACUAUGUUAAUAUUGGUUGAAUUUGUAAACCAUGCAAUUUACAAAUAGAUGAUCUGUGACUGGCAAGCUAGCAGUUUUUAAGUUUUGUGAUAUUGUUAAGAUUAUAAGAUCUCCCUUUUUCUUAGUAGUCACGUACAUGGAAAUGUAAUUCUUAAAGAAUGAUCAUAAUCUAUCAACUCUUUGUCUGCAGUCCAGCAACUUUAAACAUGAUAGAGAUAGCUUGGAUUUGCUGGAGCAGCUGUCUUCAUGGAAAGAGUCACCAGAAAAUGUGAGCAGUAGAGCAAAAAUGACACGAUUAUCAUUGCACCUCUUUGGCACUACCUCCUUAGCCUAAUUUGGGGGUUGGCUUUGUUCAUCUCAUUGUAGAUAAUGGCCCCAUCCCAGCAAGUGGUGAUUUAUAUGUAGAAAUAGGGUUCUGUGAUUGCUCUCUCAUCACAUACACAAGGCUUCAGGACAUAAAAUAAAGCUCCUCACAUCCCACAGCCUGCAUUCCAUGCACAUAAGGGCCCAAAAGCUGUGUUAUACAAAUUCAGAUCUCUUGGACUCAGAAUUGUUUGCUCUGUUUGGCAAAGUCUGUUAUAAGGCCUCAGGUACCUGAUACUUUAUAUCCUUUUAUAGAGAUACCAGAUUUUAAGCCUGGAACCAUUUGGAAAAUAUUGCUCUACCACUGAGCUAUGGGCCCACCUAUACAUAACACCUAUAAUGAAAAAUGUGUCCAUGCAGGCACUCUGUUUUGUUUAAUUUAUUGGAAAGUGUAAAAAACCAACUGCUACACUGAAGUAUUACAUUUUUGAAAUUGAAUUGCUAGUAACUGGAGGAACAGAAGUUGGUAGAUAAUUUCAUAUCUUGUUCAUUCCCUCUCUUUGCCUUGAACAUAAAUCAAAAUGCCAUCAGAAUUGCUAUAAUUUCAGAGCACACCUCUCAAAACUUUAGCAUAUGGCUACAUUCACCAUUCAUACCAUGAGAGCUCUCCUAGAAACCAGUCAGACAACAUCUGCUCACAAGUUCCAUGGCAUAAAUUUAGUUUAUCACGAUUAGUAUUGAGAUACUGGUGUAUGUUUUUGAACUUCUUCAUUGUGUUUCAUUACAUCCAUCAUGCCAGCCCCAUGUCAAUGUACUAAUUGUAAAUUGCAUUGUCAUCUAGACUUACCUGUAGAUUUGGCUGAUACCUCAAUAAAUCAGAUAAAUUUUAAGUUUGCAAAAUAUCCAAAAGGUUCAAAUUUUAAGUGCUUGAAACUUUACAUUUUCUGUGGAAAACAAUGAACUAUUGACCAUGUUUAAUUGUGAGGAUUCGUGCAUUUUUCUAGCAGUAACUUUAGAAGGGCUAGAAUUUCAUCCCCAACAAUACAGUGUUAUAUAUAUUCUGACUGUACAUGUGGUUGCCAUAUUUUUUUACUUAUAACACAAUUCUAAACAAGUCUAUUCUGAAGUCCCAGUGAGUUCAGUAAGACGUACUUCCAGGUAAUAGGGUUGCAGCCAUAAGCAUAUUUGCAUAACCUUUUCUUUUCUUUUUUAAGAAAUGUUGGGAUAUUUUAAAUUAUUGUAGAAUAACAAUUCCUAAAUAUGUAGUGCAUUGACUAAAAUUUAUCAAUUGUCUCUUUUACAAGCACUUCGAUUACAGUAGCAUGUGACUAGGCUAAUAUUAAAUGGGAUAAGCACUGUCAGCUGGGUUAUUUCUGAUCCAGAAUUUGCAUAUCUGUUCUAUAUUCUGAUAGGUGGUUCAAUGUGGAGAAGAAAACCCACAUUUGGAAAGCCAAAUAUAAACGCAACAUACUGUCAAACUGAAAUAUCUAGGUUAUCUACCACCUCCUUUCAUUGAAUUUCCUUCUCAUACUAGUUUCAUCACUGUUUUUGAUCAUACUGGUUGGUAGUGAUGACAUCAUCAUUAUCCUCAUCGGGUUUAUGUUUUGAACAUCUCAUAUUUGGUACAGUACCAUUUCAACUUAAAGUGAUAGGAGCAUCCUUUGUUAUAAGUUCAUGUAAUUUUUGUUGUUUACUAUUUCUAGCCAAUUCAAAGUGCCAUCACAGGUACGCUCAGUCCCCAGGGGAUUAUGGUACCUGCAUCAGCCUUGCAGCAGGGAAAUGUAACUAUGGCAACCGUUGCAGGUAGGAAGCACUGAAUAAAAAUUCAAACCCUGCGCGCAUCAUAGAUGUAGUUUGUGUCUGUUAAGUGACUAAGAAAAGGAAUUCUUGAGAUGAUUUUUUGAUUACUAUGUUUAUAUGUCGCCUUUCUGCCUGUGCAGUCAAGGUCAUUUAAAUUUAAAAUAAUGGCAUAUAAGCAGGUAGGCAUGGUAUAAAAAAUGGGGGGGGGGGAGAGGAUGGGGAAGGAUGAGGAAAACGAGAACAUUCAGUACAAAUGCAUACAAAAUAACUGAUAAAAUGACCAGGUUGACUGAAGCAGACAGUUAUGGGAGGGAGGCAGCCAAGCCAAUGAAAUGGGCCAUGUUUAUGGCUCUCCUAUUGAAGCAGCCAUGUGGAAUGUUUGUUUUAUUAAGUUUUUUGUAUCCUCAUUUUUUAUUUUUCUGUUGUGAGUAGCCCUGGGAUCUUUGGAUGAAGGGCAGUAUGCAAAUUUAAUAAAUAAUAAUAAUAAUGGCUGCUGAUGAAAACAUUAUUAUUUUAUAUUAUUCAAAUACAAAUUAUUAUGCAACCAACUGGCCUAACAUCUUCACAAUAAUGGCUAUAUGGAAAGGUGAAUCAAAUGCAAUUGUCUAUUCUUCUUUUUUAAAAAACAAACAAACAAACAAGCUUAUGUAAAAUUAUAGUGAAGUUAAAAUUGUAGCGAAGUUUUAAAGUAAGUUUUGUGUGUUGUGUAAAUAGUUUAUUGUUUUCUUUCUUUAAUGACAUCUAUAUGAAAAUGUUAUCAUCAUACUGUGCCUUUGCUGUAGUGUAAUAUUGCUAUAUUAUAUUCUUUUAAGGUGGUACGGUGUAUCAGCCAGUGACUGUGGUCACGCCUCAAGGUCAAGUAGUGACACAAGCUUUGUCACCUGGAACCAUCAGGAUCCAGAAUUCACAGGUUUGUUUUAUAUUAUAAGCAUUUUUUAGUGAAAUAUUUUUAAAAAAACAUGGUAAUAUUAUGGUGUGUUAGUAACUGCCUGCUACGUCUGAAUCUCUGUGCAGCUCCAGUUACAAUUAAACCAAGAUUUAAGCAUCUUGCAUCAAGAUGACGGGUCAUCAAAAAAUAAAAGAGGAGUUCUUCCAAAGCAUGCUACAAAUGUGAUGAGGUCUUGGCUUUUUCAGCACAUAGGGGUAAGGUUGAUCACAGUGAUUUGGGAAUCACUACUGUUCUGAUAAUUUCUGCUGGUAUCUGCAUGAGAGGAAAAUGUUUGGCAAAAUCUGAAGCUUUUAACUACCUACUCAGAAUAUAUUAACUUGGUAUAUUAGAGUUGAAUCAGGCACAAAUUCAGUGGAUGUCUAUUAUAUAACCUUGUGAUCUUAAAUUUUAGAGAUAUUUUUGGUUUUAUUACAUCAUGCUGAGGAUUUUUUUUAAUCCUGUGCUCCCUUGAACAGUAGUCCUUUGAGGGAUAUAUUUAUAUCUCUGUUAAUCUGAACAGUUCCUAGGGGGCUAGAAUGCAGUAGCAUGUUUCUUUGUGCAGAUUGCCUUACUAAAUGCACUCCACACUCUCAAAAGGGGCCUUGUUAGCUUAGGGUCACACAUGUUUCCUGUAAUACCUACAUGCAUAGUAAGUUACAUUAUGAUCUGAAAGGUCAGACAAAAGUUUUUACAGGUUUUCUUCUUAAUUCACAUGUUAUAUGUACUUUUGUAAAGAAUUCAGUCCCUUUGGCUGUAUGUUUUUGGAGGUAGGGGAGGAACGCUCAACAGGAAUGCUCCACAGUCCAUGUACUCGUGAUCAAAUUUAUUAUACUCAAUCCCCUCAAAUUGUACUGUUUAGGCAGCAGUAUUUUCAGCUCUAGCAGAUAGAGCAAUAUAUGUAACAAGCUACCAGUGCUGGUGGCUUCAUCCAAAGGUAUUAAAAUAACUUGAACUUUUUGCAUGGCUAAAUGUAAUAUGUGGUCCAGUAUUCCCUUUUGAACUGUACUGCAUAACAUCUUAUGAUACUAAGGAGACAAAAAUGGGUCUGUAUUACCGUAUUUUUUGCACCAUAACACUCACUUUUUUCCUCCUAGAAAGUAAGGGGAAAUGUCUGUGCGUGUUAUGGAGCGAAUGCCUGCGGGUGGCAGGGGGGAUCUGCUGCAGUCGUGAGCAGAGGAUCCAUGGUUCCCCUUGCUUCCCUCCUCUGUGGUUACAAAGCAUAGAUCCACAUGGAUCCUCAGGAUUUUUGCAUUGGGCUACUCCAAACUCACUGUCAGAUCACAUGUCUGUGGCCACAGCAUGAACCACAAAAAUCAUAUAUCCACUAUUUCAUUUAGAAUAUUUUUUUUCUUGUUUUCCUCCUCUAAAAACUAUGUGCGUAUUAUGGUCUGGUGCGUGUUAUAGAGCGAAAAAUACGGUAAUUCUUAACAGUUCCUGAUAAAUUACUGUAUUUUUCGCCCUAUAGGAUGCAUUUUUCCCCUCCAAAAAUGAAGGGGAAAUCUGUGUGCGUCCUAUGGGGCGAAUACAGGCUUUCGCUGAAGCUUGGAGAGCGAGAGGGGUUGGUGCGCACCGACCCCUCUUGCUCUCCAGGCUUCAGGAAGCUAUCCGCAAGCCUGGGGAGCCCGUGGGAGUUCCCGCAGGGCUCUCUAGGCUGUGAAUAGCAGCCUGUCGCCCGGCGCGCGGGGCGCCCUGAAGCGGAGCGCCCUGUGCGCCGGAGAGAUAUCGGCCAGCCCCACAAGCUCGGGGGACAGCGGGGAGGCACAGCGCCGCCAUCCCGCUGUUCCUUGACCUGGUUUUGGGGGGGAAAUAAAGGGGGGGAAUUUUCCUUUAUUUCCCCCCCCCCAAAAAAAACUAGGUGCGUCCUAUGGGACGGAGUGUCCUAUGGGACGAAAAAUACGGUACUAGAAUUACUAUACUAAGUACAUUAUAGAUAGUACUAGAAAUAGCUAUGUUUCUCUUGUAGAUAUUUAGCUGGUAAUGCUUUUAUUUAACUCCACACGGUAUUUCAUCCCUACCAUAUGACACAAUGUGAUAAAUCCAGCUUUAUCACAUGCUGUGUUCCCCAAGGAUCAUGCCAUCUAGCAAGGACAGCUGGGAGAAUAAUCCCCUCCCCCACAUGGACAUUUAAGGAUAAAGUUAUACUGUUAAUUCUUUUUAAAAAAUCAUGUAGUGGUCAACCUGGUUAUCAUUUGAAGGUUGAUGUUGAAGUCCUUUCUGGCUUUCUUUUAGGUUUCAUGCCUUCACUGGAUAUUAGAUUUGCACAGAGCUAGGUUAAAGUUGUUCUGAAGCUAGCACUUCCUGGGAGGGAAUGUUUUUUAUUGCACCCAUUUAAAUAAUAAAUGCUUGACAGUUUACUAUCUACUUCUUCUGUUACUGUGCUAAGCAUUUUAAUAAUCUCAGUUUAUAUUGCACCCAGUUACUAAUUGUCUUAUCAGUUAUGCCUAAACUGGGCCAGUAACUGUCAAUGGAUCAGGGAUAUCAGCAAAGAUUGGUCUGCCAGCUAAUAUGCUGAAAAGAUAGAGAAUUAAAAUUUUCUGUGAGAAUUCGGGGGGGGGGGAUACAUUCAUUACAUCUGGGGGAAACUGGCUAGUUAAUUUUAUGAUUUCAUAAAAGUUAAUAUAGCAACAAAAAAAUGAGACUAAAGGGUUUUUCAAAAAGUACAGAGGAAAAAGAGUAUGGAGAUUCCCGCAGGUGACAGAAUCCUUGAAGUUAUUGUAGAUUUCCUUUCCCUUGCAGUCAUUUUCAAUUCCUUACCUGUGAAUAAUUUUUUUCUGGGAACUAGCACCAGAGACUAUAGAAAUUGGAGUACUAGGGAUGAGAAAGCGUUGGUUUUUGUAAUAGCAGUGAGUAUUUUAAGUUCACAGAAGUAGGAGUCUAAAUAAUAAUGUUCCUUUCAUUAUUAGAGUAAUAAAUUAUUAUCUGUAAUCGGUGUCAUAAAAUCAACAUAUUACAUAAAACAAUGAAAAUUUCAAUCUACACAUAUGAAAUCAUUGUGAUGUGUGUUGUCAAAAAUUAGUUUAUCUGGUCAGAAAUUAUCUAAUUAGCAUAGAAUUAAUCCCACACUAAAUUGUAUUCAUUUUGCUUUAUGGUUGCAGAUUUUUGUAUUGUGCUUAUUGCAUAUCUUUAAAGAGCAAAGUUCUUAUAACUUUUCCAACCCCCUUCCUGUCUGUAGCAUCCAUAUCCAACAGAGGAUGAGAAAAAACAGAUAGCAGCACAAACCAAUCUGACAUUACUUCAGGUUAACAACUGGUAAGAUACAACGAAUAUGCCACUUUUUUGUGUUACAAAAUUCACCUAUAUUGAAAAGUCACAUAGAAAUAUGCAGCAUUUUCCUUUGGGCUGCUAUGUAAAGCUAAAACUGGACGGGAUUGAUGUAGGGCAGAGGUGGUCAUGGGCCAGAUCCUUCCUGGAAUCAUCCUUGACAAGUGAGUAUGCCACAUGAUUGACAGGUGUGUUGUCCUGCCCAGCUGUGAGAAUCCCUUGUGCAGGAUUUGCAUUUUGGUACCACUUCAUCAGGCCCAUGUUCUGUGCUUUGGGAAGAUCCGAACAAAGGACUGGCAAAGUGAUUGUUUCCCCACUCCUAUCCUUUGACAGGACAGGAGAAACAAGGAGCACCUGGACCAAGCAGAAUCACCCUCCCUUCACAUUGACUAAUGUUGUGUGGAGGCAGGCAAUCCUGCUAAGCACUGAAUUUCAGUAUGCCAUAAAGCUCCCUGCAGGGAACUCUCUACCACACCAAAGGCAGCAGAAUCAUACUCCCUUUGUAUCAGCCAAGUGUGUGUGUGUGUGUGUUCCUGCUUAGCACUGGGCUUGGGUAUAGAGAGUCUGAUUUUACGGAUGUGUUCAUAAGAUUCAUUUUUGGUCAUUUUAGGUUUAUCAAUGCUAGAAGACGAAUUCUUCAGCCAAUGUUGGACUCCAGCUGUUCUGAAACUCCAAAAACAAAGAAGAAAACAGCUCAAAACCGACCAGUUCAAAGGUUCUGGCCAGACUCCAUUGCAUCAGGAGUAGCUCAGCAUCAAUCAAAUGAACUUACAAUGUCAGAUGGUAAGCAGAUUCCUCAGCUACUUUAUUUACUCUUUGCAAACUGGAUGCAAAGAGUAUCCUGAGCCUGUCAGACAAUUUCGCAAACAGUUUGUAUGAAUGAAAGGGGUGCAAUCUCUCUAGUAAAAAUAAACCCUUGAAGUAAAUGGAUUUCAGAGCAAUUCUAACCCCCAACUUGAAGCACUGCUGCUCACACUGUCGAAGGCAAACCAGUUGGGGGCCAGUUUCCUCUUCUGCCGUGCCAGCUCCAGGCUGGUGCAGCAGGGGGUGGGUCUGAAUUGGGCCUCUUUUCUGGCAUUCGGCCUGCUGAGGAUCCAUCAGAUUCAUCCCCAGCCCUGCUUCAGCACUGUAGCACCCUGCUUUGGGGGUCUACACUAGUUACCACCAAUGGGAAUACUGCUGGAGGUAGCUGCCCAAUCAGCUGUGCUUUCAGCAUGGGCAUCUGCAGCCAGUGGAGCCCACUGGAGCCAAGUAGAGGGACACCUCUACCCAGCUGUAGCUCCCUCCAUCAGCACUGAUCAGGCAGUUAGGAACAUGCCCUUAGCAUAGCAGCAGUUCUUCAUGGAUCACAUGAUCCAUGUGCCAAAUUGGAUUAUUUUGCCCUCCUAUGUAUCAGCACCAUUCAUAUAAACAGAGGUCUGUAAUGGCUCAAUGUGGUUAAACAUACCUGUGUCUGAUACACACUUUCAGCCUCACACAUGUUUAUUCAGAAGCAAGUUCCACUUUGUUCACUGGGGCUUGUCCUCAAGUAAUUGUAUAUAGAAUUGUAGCCUUAAAAGUUAACAGCUUUGGGAUUGCUUUUCAUUGGCUGCCCAAUUUUAAAAGUACAAACCCACUGUUUAUUAAGAUAAAUGAGAAACGUGUUCCAAGAUGUUCAAAACUCAGAAAUCUCAAUAGACUAAAACUGACAUCUCUGUUUUCGAAAUUACUUGUAUGGAGAAAGAUAAUUCAAAUAGCUUGUUCAACUUUCAUUCACUUUUAAUUUUUAGAUCUUUGGCUUUCAUUAACAGGGUUUUCAGAGUAAGAACUGUGGAUUUUGUAAAAGAAUUGAAUUGUUGUUCCAACUGGACCCUUGUUUUUCCUCCCCAUUCUCAGGAGCCGUUGUAACAAUUACAGCCCCAGUCAACAUGAAUGUAGACAGUCUGCAAUCUCUUUCGUCUGAUGGUACUACUUUGGCUGUUCAACAAGUCAUGAUGGCAGGGCAAAGUGAGGAUGAAUCUGUGGACAGCACUGAAGAUGACGGAGCAGACCUCUCAACCACAAACAUCAGUGGGCUGGUCUUGGAUAACAGUGAUUCUCUGCAAUAGGAAGCAAGAGAAUCUGGCCUAAAUAUAUAGGAAAAACAAUAGACUGACUGACUUUUUAUAGUUUGCACAGCAAACAUUUUACACAAGUUUUAUUUCUAAUAUGUUUUAUAUGUAGAUAUAGAAGAGUGCACUUUUUGUAUUUCAUAGUCGGCUUAAAGAGUGUCUUUACAGGUGCAGCAACUUCUUUCAAAUGUGUUGUUUUUGGUUUUGGUUUUGAAAUUCUAGUAAUUUAAGAGAGAGAGAAAAAAAACAUAAUCACCCCAUUAUUUUCUCAGGGUAAUUUUUUCACUCACAAAAUUGAUCCCAGAUUCCCCUAAUAAGGGAAUGGGGGGGGUCAUGGGACUGCAGUCCUGGGGGAAAGAUGAUGGAUGCCUCGCGGGUGAGUUAAUUUUACAUUAGCAUGGGUUUAAAUAUAUACCCAUCACACAAUCAUCAUCUUACUCAAUGGUUGCUGUUGUCUAUCAUCAUCUCUGCUGCAGUUUUGUGACAUAUGAAAUUGCCCUGGUGGGAGAAUUUGAAAGUACUUCAGUCUCCUGGAGAGUUAUGCAAUUAGUCCUGUCAUUUUAAGAUUACUCUAGGUGGUUUAACAAUGUAAAUGUAAAGCAUGUCAGAUUAGUGUUUGGGAUUUGUUUAUGAAGUUAGCCAUGUAGAUUUGAAAGAUGCUUCUGCACCUUAAAAAAAACCUGCCAGUCUGAAAUGGGCAACAAAACACAUAAAAGAAAGUGGAAACGUGUGAGUCAGUAACGAAUGUAUGGCAUUUAAAAUGAACUUAAUUUCUCAUUUAGUUGUUUGGUGGAAACCCUAGAUUCCCCCUGUACCUUUUGAUUUUGUCACUGACACAGCUGCUACUUGUUGUUUUAUCCACCUGCCCUGUGGCAUGCUGGAAUCCUACUUGCAAUAUGUGGGGUUGCGAUGGCAGGGAGGGCAACAAAGGAAGUGGAAUGGGCAAAAGAAGCAGUGAGUGUCCCAAUUCAGUGGUAGAUUUAAUGGUACAAGGGGAAUUUCUGGAUUGCAACUUAGCAGCUCUACUCAUAGUUAGUGAGUCUGUUCAUAAUUUGCUAUAAAACACUUAUUUUUACCUUAUCAGGUUAUUGGAGUAAAAUAUUUUUAUAAAUUCUCUAAGAAUUGGGAUGAUGACUGUAUUGAGCAUGAGAAAAAUGUUUAGUACUCCUAUUUGGAAGGUUAUGAAAACAGUCCAAAUUGAAUAAACAUGCCUAUGUCAUAUUCUAUGGAUCUCUGCUAUCCCAUAGUGAUACAGCCCAUUGUGGCAUAAAGUGGUGAUGUGAGAAGGACCCAGUCCUUAAUGGGAUCUUGGUUAUUGUUAAGCAUUGAUUUGUGUUCCGUAUAAACUAAUGUUACAUUUCAGUCUAUAUCGAAACCUGUUUCUCAAGCGAUUUGAUAAAUCGGUAUACAUAGGGAGUAAAAACCCACAAUCUUGCCUUAUAAUCAAGAUAAAAUCUAUAGCAGUACACACUUCGCAUCUGUUGACAGAACAUGGAUAUUAGCCUCUGAACUGCAAUACAUCUUUUCCCCACACUAUUGCCACUUCUCAAUUGUUGUUUUUAUAGCCAAAGUAUGUGAUAAGGUUAAGAUAAAAAUGAAUUUCUCAAGCACAACCUUACUUGCACAAUCUCAACAAUGCUUCAACAUACUAACUAUAUCAUUCAGCACUCAAAAAUAGUGAUGAUAAAUUAGCCUUCACCAUAAAUGUCAUUAGCUCCCCAUCCCAUACCUCUUGAGUUUGUUUAUAGUCUUGUGUGUACUGCCGCUGACACUACUGGGAGUUGGUAUUUUCCCAUUGCUUGCUUUAGAUAAUAGGCCCUGGGGGCUUGGUUAGCUAUUUGGAGGAAUUGGGUGACGUUAUCUGCACCAACAAAAUCCAGAUUUAUCUCCAGCUGAAUGUGAUAAAUUGACUUGGUUGGAAGUCCUGAUUCUACGAAGCCUUCAAAGAAUUUGUUUCCCUGGGGUUUUUGGGUGGGCUUUAAAAAGAGUUGGCGCCCUAUUUUCCUGUAUAGGUAAGUCUGAAGUUGGGAAGAACAAAUUACAUUUUUAUUCUGUUACCUCUAGGCUAUAUCAGACCCAAUCCAAAUGUUAUGGUGACAGCAUGGCUCUAUCUACUUGAUAGUGGUUCUUUUACGAUCCAUAAUCAAUUUACCACAAACAUGGCCUGGCUGAGUGAUGUCUCUACACCAUCAUUAUUUGCCUGUCCAGGUGACUUAGCACUGGUAUAGAUAGCACAAGAUCUGAGAUGUUAUGGUAACCAGCCCCUACUAUACAGAAAUGUUUUUUUCAUUGAUAACCACACUACUACAAUUAAUGCUCAAUUAGACCCACUUUACAGAGUAUAUGUCUUAUUUUUAUCUCGUAUUCCAUAGGUACUCUCCUGAUCACCAGAUAAGCAAGGCAGCAGACAGAGGUUGACAAGAGUGCUGUGAUCUCCAUAGCCUCACAAGGGGAGGAAAAAUACAGCCUUAGAAAGCUACGAAUGCAAAGCAAGGAGACAGCCGAGAGAUGACAACCUUAGAUCUGUACUGAAACGCUUCGCAUAAAGCCUAGAUAGACACCACCCUCACUUUUACAGUUGUGUGAAAGUUGGGCUAACCCAUAAUUUCUCUUUCAUGCUUUUUGAAAUUUUCUGAACAGUGUUAAGAUGUGAAAAAAUGUUUACAAGAGGUUUGUUUGGGGAAACGUUAGUAUAAUGUAGCAAGUUUAUAUAGGAAUAAUACCAGGCCUCAUUAAAACCACAACAUUUAAACACCACCACUGAAAGAGCUAAUGAAAUGCAACGAACAUUUGUGCAUCUGAACGUACCAUAGCUCAGUGGUAGUCUGUUCAUUGUGUUUUAUUGGCUUUAAAAUAGUUACCUAGGAUAGCACCCUUUCUUGACUUUUUUCAGUAGCACUUCAUACCCCUUUUUUUCUUAUACAAAAACGUUUCCCUGUUUUAGCCUCAUAUUUCCACUCUCUCUUCCAGAUAUUAGAAAGUGUUAGCAAGAAAAAGACCCAAAGCAACAUUUUCUUUUCAUUUGUAAAGCGCCUAGACUCGAAAUGCUUGUAAUGUAAUUCAGAGCAAAAGCAGGCUUUCUGAAAGUGUAAAGGGGAUUUGGGGCAAAGGCAUGUAGAAUGGAGUACCCAAGACAUACUUGCAGGUGGUAGAUUGUGGCCAUUUUAAGUACAAGACAGAGGGCAGUUGCAGCUCACACUUGGAUCUGCUCUCACCCUUUUGUGGUUUUUUCCCCCAGUUUGGGCUAUAGGGAUUAAAACCACUGUGAUGGGCUACCUGCAUGCAAACAGUUUACUGCGCAAAGUAUUUUCCACAUGACAUGAGUUUAUAUUGGCCGCUGUAUGCCCUUUUAAAAUACAAAUCAGCCAAAUGCUGUUGAAUUUCAAAGAGAGGCCUCCCCUGUAUGCAGGCUUAUUUAACAAAAGGAAACCAAACCAUUCUUCAUUUAUUUCAUAGUCUCUGAAGUAUAUAUUUUAAUGUUAAAUUCAUUUGCACAUGUCUGUUCUCACAGCCAUGCUUAACAGAUCUAGAAAUGUCAAAAUUGGAGCAUGCCAGCCUGUAACUAAUAUGCUGUGACUUCUGUGAAGACAAAACAAUCCCACAUUAAGCAAAUCAUCAGUAUCUUUGGGAUGGAUAUCAGUUUGAUGGUUCUGGGUUUGAACUCCAACUUUAUGCUGAGUUCUGGACAUGGGUCUUCUACCCUUCAGCACAAGCAAAUUCUUGAUAUACCUGAAACUGGGAGGUGGCAAAUGCUCUGCCUUUCCUUCCUGAGUUGUGUUUUUGUUUAGUUUCAUUGCAGUUGGUUGGAACAGUUAUAACAUCACUGAGCUAGAAAUUGCAGCUCUGCCCAGAUACCUUGAAACUUUCUCUUAUCCACAGAAAUGUUUGGAAAAGCAUUGCUGGACUUAAGAAGAAUUUAAACUCUUCAAAACUUGAUAUCCAAAUACAUGCGAGCUAAGUAAUCAUUUUCAAUCAUCGCAUUAGAUGAAUGAGUGUAGUUUAUUUUGAUGUGUCUUAUAAUGGUGCUAUUAUUUAUGACUGGUGUAUGUAUUGGCAUCCUUCUCCUGAGAUGGUAAACUGAUCCACCAAAACAGAAUGGUAUUCUAGUUUUACUCAAAGUCGAACUUUAUGAAAUGAAUGGACCUACCUUAGUCAUCAUGUCCUAACCUUCAACAGGUCUCCUUUGAGUAAAACUCAGUUGAAUGCCACGCACGGUUAAGAAAAAUAAACUCUGCGGUAGGUGUCCAGAACUAGCUGUAUGCUUGCUAUGCCAUUAAUGUGCAAAAAACAGGGCAGAAGACUUGAGCUGUGUUUUUGGGAUAGCACUGUAGCCUGGCCAUGUAUGGUCAAAAGGACAUGUUUUAAAAGUUCUUGUAGUACAAGAGAAAGGUACAAAAGAUGUUUUGGGAUUUCCAGUUCAACUGUAGGAAAGUUAGUAUCACUUUAACGAGGUAGUAUCUCUACAAAGGAACCCAGAAGUGGACCACUAAUCCAGGAUUCAUGAUGAGAUUCAGGCUGCAUCAGCCAAUCAUGGUGUGUUCAAUUACAUAUAUCACAUUUGGUAGAAAUGUGCUAAGCAUCCAUUUCUCAAUACUUAAUGUGCUUUACUUUCUCUUUGAAACAUAUUGGAUGUUACUGAUGAUUGGAAUGCCAUUACAAGUGGAAGUAGAUUGUGUUUACCAAACCCAAAUUACAUUUUCUUAAACUUGUUUAACAUUUUGAGGAGACUUUUGCUUCAGUGACAACUAGAAAAGGCUUUUGACUGUGUGUGUGGUUCCAAUUCAUUCAUAUGCCCACUCCUUUGGAUUGUGGCUAUUAUAUAGGUCAAUGACAGCUGCUUUUACAAGUGCUUGUCUGCCUGUGAUAACAGCAUUAUACAAAGUAGACUCUAUAGCAUAUUUAAAUAUUGGUUUGUUGAUGCAGGAAAUACAAAGGAAAGCACGCUAGACUUUGAGGUCCAUAACCUACCUAGGAUGAAUGAUUAUGGGUUUUGUCUGCAAAAUAAGUCAUUGGAGCCCCAUUUCUAAAAAAAGUUAUACUAUCUAAUCCUUAUGUUUUGGGUACUUGCCAUUUGUUAGAGUCUGUGUAUUUUGGCAGAGAGAAAAAACAUGUCUUCAGUUGUAUCAGGAAAUAUUUUAUCUUCAUAAUUGACAAUCUUUAAAAUCUAAACUCUGAUAAACUUAGUUGUUCAGUUUGUUUUGUCAUUUAAUGAAAUAUUUGAACCAGCAUGGCAAAAUAAUUAUGAUUCAUCAAUGUGUUUUACAUGAAACCUCUGAACUCAAAGCAUGAUUUCUUCACUUUGUGUUUUAAAAGUAAAGUUUCACAUUGCUUUAAUUAAGGUCAAUUGUCACAUUACUGUGUUCCUGUUUCAAUAUUCUAUAAUGCAGAUAUCAAUUUUGUUUUUAUUUUGUAUAUCAGUUUUGUUUGGAAAUCCUUACCCAGGUCUUUAAGUUGGAAAAUAUUUUGCAUCUUUCUUUACACAAGUCAUUAUUUGGAUUAUAGGAGCAAAAAUGCAACAUUCUUACUGAUCUGGGAAUGUUGUGUUUUUAAUUGUAGACAAGCUUAACGAAAAGCUAUGCAAUGAAUUAUUUCAAAAUAUUUUCACUCUUUGUUGUUCUGAAAUAAAAGUGAAAGGGAUAUC